AUGGCUACCCCUAGUGUCCUCGCUUUUGACGCUGAGGGUCGAGCCAUUGACUUUGAGGUCUGGGUCGACAACCUGCAGCAGUUCUUACAGUGCGAUAGGGCGGACGGUCUUUCUCUCUUUGACCUCACCUCUGGUGCCUCUCCUGCCCCUGCUGCUGAUGCUGACCCCACUGUUCGCUCUCAGUGGGCCACCCGCGAUGCUGCUGCACGUCUUGCUGUGUGUCGCCACCUGCCUACCACUGAGCGCGCGCACUUUUGUCAGUACAAGAGUGCUCAGACCUUGUACGACGCUGUAGUUGCGCGCUACUCAUCCCCUGCCACCGCUGCACUGAGCCGCCUCAUCCUACCGAACCUCUUUCCUGACCUUGCUGCCUUUCCCACUGUCGCUGACCUCAUUACGCACCUCCGCACUAGUGACACUCGCUACCGUGCUGCCCUUCCUGCUGAGGACCACUUCCUCUCAGUCUGUCCCACCACUCUCACUGUCGACCUCCUCGAGAAGGCACUCCUGGCGGCUGAGAAGAGCAUCGUCGCUGUAGGAGCCUCUCGUGGUGACCCUCGCACCCCCAUCUUUGAGGGGUGUUCUCCUUCCCCCCUGUUGCCCUCUGUUGCCUCUGCUGCUGCUGCCGACCUGCUUGGUCUUGAGUCGGUCGGCGCGGCGUCUGCCCCUAGCGGGAGACGCCGCCCUGGCAAGGGCAAGGGGGGCAAGGGCGCGGGUGGAGCUGGCGGGGGCGGUGGAGGUGGCGGUGGAGGCGGCGGAGGGAGUGGGGGUGGCGGUGGGAGUGGUGGUGGGGGCGGUGGUGGUGGUGGCAGCAGCGGAGGAGGAGGCGGUGGCGGCGGCAGCGGUGGGAGCGGAGGCGGCGGUGGUGGCGGAGGUGGAGGCGGCGGUGGCGGAGGGGGUGGAGCUGGUCGGGGUGGUGCCCCGCAGCGGAGCGGCUCUGGUGGUGGUCAGCGCCAGCAGCAGCAGCAGCAGCAGCGUUCGCGGGACACCCCCCCGCCCCAGCAGCUCCGUGAGUGGUACACGCAGCGUCAGCGUGGUGGGGGUUUUGGUCCGUGCACCUACGUCCUUCGUUCCGGCGACCGCGCGGCUAUCUUUGAUCUUGACUUUGAUGCUAUCCUUGCUGCCAUGUAUGCUGUGACUAUUAGUGAGGAGGGUGACUGUUACCGGUGUUUCCCGCCCGACCCGGGCAUUGGUACUGCUGCGCUAGGUGCUUGUGAGGCUGCUGCUCUAGGUGCCAGUGUGUCUGCGCUCUCAGGUACUGGUGAGGCUGCGCUCUCCGGUACUGCGUCGGCUUCGGCCUCCCUCACCUUCACGCUUGACUCAGGGGCUUCUCGCUCCUUCUUUCGAGACCGCACCACACUCACGCCGCUUGGUCGGCUGGUUACAGUCUCCCUGGCUGACCCCUCUGGGGGUCUGGUCCUCUCUCACUUCUCCACUGUCCUCCCGUGUCCGGCUGCCCCCUCUCGCACCCUGUCUAGUCUGUACCUCCCUCGUUCUCGACGAACUUGGUGUUUGCUGCAGCGUCCAGGUCUGGUCCUGAGUCUGCUCCCUGCUCGUGUCGCCUCCUCUCUCACGAGACUCUCCUGUGGCACCACCGUCUGGGUCACCCCUCCCUGCCUCGUCUUCGAGGCAUGGCUUCCCGUGUCAUUGUCUCUGGUCUUCCCCGGUCUCUGA